AUGGGCAUCCGAGGGAUGCUUCGAGCUGCCGUGCUCCUGCUGCUCAUCAGGACCUGGCUUGCGGAGAGCAACGACCCCAGUUCUACCCCGAAAUUCCACUUUGAGCUCUCCUCCACUGUGCCCGAAGUCGUCCUGAACCUCUUCAACUGCAAAAAUUGUGCAAAUGAAGCUGUGGUUCACAAGAUUUUGGACAGGGUGCUGUCGAGAUAUGAUGCCCGUCUGAGACCAAAUUUUGGAGGUGCCCCUGUGCCUGUGGGAGUAUCUAUUUAUGUCUCCAGUAUUGAAGAAAUCUCAGAAAUGACUAUGGACUAUACAAUCACGAUGAUUUUUCAUCAGACCUGGAAAGAUCCACGCUUAGCAUACUAUGAGACCAACCUGACCCUGACCCUGGACUAUCGGAUGCUUGAGAAGUUGUGGGUCCCCGACUGCUACUUUCUAAAUAGCAAGGAUGCUUUCGUGCAUGACGUGACUGUGGAAAAUCGCAUGUUUCACCUUCACCCAGAUGGAACGGUGCGGUAUGGCAUCCGACUCACCACCACAGCAGCUUGUUCCCUGAAUCUACAAAAAUUCCCUCUGGACAAGCAGACCUGCAAGCUUGAGGUGGAGAGCUAUGGCUACACGGUUGAAGACAUUGUAUUAUACUGGGAAGGCAAUGGGAAUGCCAUCCAGGGGACUGAGAAGCUGCAGAUCCCUCAGUUCAGCUUCCUGGGGAAGACAAUGACUAGCAAAGAGGUGUUUUUCUUCACAGGUUCCUAUGUGCGCCUGAUACUGAGGUUCCUGGUCCAGAGGAAAGUCACCAGCUAUCUUGUGCAGAUCUAUUGGCCUACCAUCCUCACCACUGUUGUCUCUUGGAUAUCGUUUUGGAUGAACUAUGAAUCCUCUGCAGCGAGGGUGACAGUUGGUCUGACUUCAAUGCUCAUCCUGAAUGCCAUCAACUCACAUCUGCGGGAUAAACUCCCCCAAGUUUCUUGUAUCAAGGCUAUUGACAUCUAUAUGGUUGUAUGCCUCUUCUUCGUGUUCCUGUCCUUGCUGGAAUACGUCCACAUCAACUAUCUUUUCUACAGCCGAAGACCCCGACGCCAUCAUAGGCGACGCAGGAGAGCCCGAAGAGUCAUGGCCCGCUAUCACUACCAGGAAAUGAAGCGUCAGGAUGACCAGGUUAACAUAGAAGAUGAAAAUGGCUCUCCUCCCUCCAGACCAGAGGAGGCCCACCUGGGAAGCCCAGAAAGCCUUGGGUCUUUGACCUCCCUCUCAGUGCAGGCCCCACUGGCCACCUCAGAAAGCCUCAGCUCACUGUCUUCUCUCUCAGUCCAGGCCUUGGUGGCUACUGGAGAAAGCCUGAGUGAUCUCCCCGCCACCUCAGAGCAGCCCCUGCACAGCUAUGGCAUUCGCUUUAAUGGUUUCAAGAUUAAUGACAGUAUUAUUCCUACCGAAAUCCGCAACCGUGCUGAAGCCCAUGGCCGUGCUGAGUCCCGUGACCCAGAAGACCCUGAGGAGAGCUCCAGCUCAGAUGAGAACCACAGCCAUGGCCCUAGUGGGAGACAUCUGCUUGUCCACGGCCGGAGGUAUGUGCGAGAAGUACGCUCCAACCUUGAUGAGAUCCGUACCGUGCCUGAUGACAUCAAAGUUGAGAGUGGCUGCCUUGACCUCAAGCAUGAUGUUGGCAGUACCUGGAGCCUUAAUGUUGAUGAUUUCAUGGGCUUUGAGCAAGACAAGGACAGUAACUCCGAGUCUGAUGACAGUUGCCCCCCGAGUCCUGGGUGCUCCUUCAGUGAAGGGUUCUCCUCCAAGCUCUUUCACCCUGACUAUGUCCCUAAGGUAGACAAGUGGUCCCGGAUCCUCUUCCCUCUUGCUUUUGUGGUAUUCAACAUUGUUUACUGGGCAUACCAUAUCAUUUAG